CCCUCAGCCCGGCAGGACGGGGCUCUGGAGAAGCGGCAGCUCCGUGCUCGCUGUGUGCGGCGGGUUCCGAUGAGCGCUGGCGGUGAGGGGCCAUGAGGCGGGGCCGGGUCUGGGUCUUCUGCCAGCAGUGACUAAAGGCGCUCGGCAGAACUGCAGCCAAAGCAGUGCUAAGGUGUGCUGAGGUGUCACAGUUAACACGGAUUGCACAGCUCAGGUUGUUUGCAAACUCUGGAAAGAAAUGACACUAAUUUACAGUAUUUCAGCACUGAGCAGAAGCUUAUUUAUUGAGAGAUGUCACUGCAGGUACAAGGAGACCAAAGUGUGUUUUAUUUCUUAAAUGCUACAAUCAUUUCAUUGUAAGGAAAUCCACAGCCUUCAGAUUCAUAUCCAAAAAUCAUAGGCUGAGGUUUCAUUUUGCUGUAUCAGAUUUAAUUUUUAAAUGAGAACAGAGUCGGGUUUUGGAUAGGUUUUCUGGCAAAAAGGGCCUUAAAGCUCAUCUUGCCCACCCCGUGCCAUGGGCAGGGACCCCUUUCACUGUCCCAGGUUGCUCCCAGCCCUGUCCAGUCUGGCCUGGACACUUCCAGGGAUCCAGAGGCAGCACACUUUCUCUGGACACCCUGUGCCAGGCCCUUACCACCCUUGCAGGGAACAAUUUUUUCCUAAUUUGACUGAACUACCAUUGUUGAUAGCCCUUUUUCCUUUUCUUUCUUCUUUUUUUUUUUUUUUUUUUCUUUCUUACUAACACAAUUGACACACAAUAACUCAGAGAUACAAGUGAAGAGGUUUAGGUUUCUUCCCUUACUCUGUUUGCAGCUUCACUUGAUUUGAUUUUGAUUUUAAAGCAUUAUUAAUCAUAAAAGGAACAUAUAAAACCCCUUCUUUUUUUUGUUUCUUAUUUUCUGCAUAGUUUUCCUUUCUGUCUUUUACGUGAUCAGUCUAUAUAUAAAGGUUUUUAGAACUGUUUCCUGUUGUUUAUACAGGAGUCUGGCUCUGAGGUGUUGCCUUAAUUGGUUUUUAGAUGCUGUCAUGAAUAACUCAGAUAAAUAAUACAAAUAAGGGUUUGAGUUUGUCACUGCUUUUCUUUACUCUUCAGCUUUGAGCUUUUCACUCUCGUGCUCUGUCUGAAACAAAUUUAGUCCUUGUCUGAUGUUUUCUCCCUCUUUGAAGUAAAUGCCUUCAAAAUAAGCCCCCUCACUUUAAAUUUCCUUCGAUGACUUAUGUUUGUGAACUGUUGUCAUGUGUGAGUGAGACUUAUCUUAGAGAUGCUUUUGUAAAGUUUGCAAAUUAAUGGUGGAACAUAAAUGUGUUAUGGGAGGAUACAGGAAAGCACAGCCAAUAUCAUGUGGUGAAGGUGAAGUCUCACAGUGGAUAUCCUAGAAAAGUUCUGAAUCUCUUCUGCCUUAACCACCUUGCUGGAUCGUGUGAAUUUGUGCAUGAGAUCUCUUCAUUUACCAGAUAAGGUAACUUAGAAGAGAAAUGCCCAGUGGUGCUUCUGUUUCUCUUAGUGGAUGAAAAUAACUAGGAAACUGAUUUGCAGUGAAUAAUCAGUGAAGACACACAGCAUUUUCUGGAAUAUUGCAUGAGCUCAUCAUGAAGAUCUCUCUCCUGCAGCAGGUGUAUAAGGAUGUCCUGGCAGGCAUUCCCCUAGCAAGGGAAAGCCAUCAUUAUUCCUCUCUAAUUAAUCUGGGUGUUGAGCAGCCACCAGGAGAAGAUGAAUCCUGUCAUCAGAAGCAUCUGCCAUCUACUGCUGCUGGCAUUGGGAGCCAUCAGGACACUGAUAUGUCAGAUGUCUCUGCAACAGAUGAUUUAUCCACCAGCUUUGCAAACAUGAGCUCCUCGUUCUGCCCACGAGAGGUGAUGCUGCUCCAGCUCACCUUGAUCAAAAUGAUGGUGGCGAAAGCAGAGUCCCAGGAAAUUGAACUCCACGUGAGACAGAAGUACUGUGAAAUCUUUGUUCUUCUUCUGAAGGAGGCAAAAAUUGACACAAAAUUGAUUUACCUGCUCGGUUGUGACGAUCGGCUGUUAUCUCACAUGGCCUCACAAAGUUUAGCAUCUCUUGUGUUUUUCCAGCUGAAGGAAGAGGACGCCUUAAACGUCCCGUGGCUCAGCUUUAGCCUGAAGGUACUGCUGGGAUUCCCUGGGAAUGCCCGGGUGGCCGAUUGCCUGUGGACUCUGGCAGCGAUUGUCAAGGAGACGCUGAAGGACGCGCUCGUACCCAGAGCUGGUGUUCUGAAGAAGCUGUUGGCUCCUCUUGAUGCAGUGCUUGAGGGAUUUUAUAAUGCCAUCCUGCUCCAUCAUUUUGACAGUCACCACUACACUUCACCUUAUUCUGAAGCUACAAACAAUCUGAUCAGUUUUAUAGAUCUGCUUGAAGCACUUUUGGCUUCCAGAAUUGAGCUGGAAUUUCCGCUCAGGUGCCAGAGAAUUUUAUUUUUGAAAGUUUCUUAUAUCCUCAACGUUAUUAGCUCAUCAAUUCCUUAUGUAAUCAAGAAGAAAUUAAUUUUGCUCCUUAAAAAAUGUGUCCUUUACAAGUCCAGAGAAGAUGCUAAAAGUGGAUCACUGUUCUUAGAAACCUCAUCUUUGUAUGAGGAUAUGCUUGCACUGAGUAAUGCUGUUCUGCAGGUUGUGAAUUUGACUUGGCUUAAUCAGAUUCCACUCAGUGGAAAGUCCAGCUCCUUUGGAAGCAGUGAAGCUGCUCCUGGACAUGAUUCUCAAGGUGGUUCUGACCAAACUGUUCUCAGAGCCUUAAGUCUGGUUGUGCUUAAAGCACUGGAGUUCAAGAUUCACAACUCUGCAACAGAAGCAGAAAUCAAAGGAGACUUUGAGAGUUCCAUGUCCCAGCUGUUGAUGUUCUGGAGGAGUCAUGUAAAGCCUUCUCCACAAUCUCACCCAGUUGUGCAUCACUGUGAAUGGCUCUCCUUGGUUUUCAUGGAGCAAGAUGAUGACAUGUGGGAAGCUGCUAAAGCUUUAUUACUCAUCUAUUUAAAAUUUGAUAGGUUACAGUGUGAUGCUGCUGAUACCCUAAACCAAAAAGAGGAGGAAUCCUGGAAGUUACUUGUGCAUGCAGGUGGAUAUAACCCACACUGUAUCUUUUUAUUUUUUCUGGAAAAGAUUGCGUUUGAUUCCACAGUACUUCUAGAUUUUUUGAUUUCAUCAGAAACUUGCUUUCUGGAGUACUUGGUCAGGUACUUAAAGCUUCUUGGGAAGGAGUGGCAUCAGUUUGUAGAUGUCUGUAACCAUUUUGAUACCAAGCACAGCACUUUCCACCCAGUUUGUUCUGUCAAGCCACCCCACCGAGAAAAGCAAAGCUGUGUGACUGGGGAGAGUUUGCAAAAUGCUGUUUGUGAAGCAGAACCACAGACUCCGAUGUCUUUGGCUCCUGCUCACAACUGCCCGGUGUUUACAGCACGGCAGGGUGAUAAUGAGGCUGCAGAGUGGAACCCGUCUGACUCAUUGACCCACACUGAUAGCGUGUCCCUGCCUGGUUCUCUUCAAAGCCUGGUUAAUUAUGACAGCUCAGAGGACUCGGAGGUGGAAUCAGAUGGAAAAGAGUGCUUGGUAAACACAAAGCAAUUGCCUUCAAACAAUGAGGGUGAGGUGAGGAGGAGGGAAACUGGUUGCAGCUGCAGAGAUGGCCAGAAUCCGCGCACAUCUGAAGUGUCGCCUCCGAAACCGGAGGGAGCUCGUACCUCAUCCUGUUGGACUUGUGUAGCAUCUUCAGAUAACACUGCACCCCUAAGAGUAAUGCUUUACAAAUCAACCAAGUGUUUGGAAGAGCUGCAAGACUCCAUUUCUAGGUUGCAGAGAAGAAAUCUUUUCCCAUAUAAUCCAUCUGCAUUGUUGAAACUACUGAGCCAUGUUGGGAAGAUGAGUAAAUCCAUGCAUCUACAAUAAUCCAAAGUGUUCUUGUGGGUUUUUUAAACAAGUUCACCGGGAAUAUUUCCAUGAGAUUAAUCACUUCUGAAGCUCAUGCCUCUUGUACUAGUCAGUGCAUUUGACCUUAGGCAGGGUAAACAUGGAUUUGGUUGGCACCCUAAAAAUCUGGAAUUGCAUCCAGUGAUAUGAUCCAUGACCAGAGGAUCCUAAGCUCAUUCAUCAUGUGUAUGUCAGUGUACAAUGUAUAAGGAUUAGUGGUCGGAUAUUCAGCAUUUUAUAAUAAAUAACUCAUGUGAAAGCAUUUCAGAAAUAUAUUUUUAAAGUAUUGUCAAUUAAUACUUAAUGUCAUUCUAUUUUUGAGUUCAUUGCCAGAUUGGUAGUGAUUUAUGGACUACAGGGCAAAGUCAAUGCAACACUUGAUUGCUUAGAAGUUGGGUUAAAUAAAAUAAUAUAGUUGGGGACAGUUCACUGUUUAUCCUGUGUGUUGGUGCAUUGCUCAAAGUGGACCUUCAGCUGUCUAUAUUCCUUUAAUUAAAAGAAAAGGUAGAUGUGAAAUUAAAGCAUAUCUUGCCUAUGGAAAAGUUUAGUUGAACAUUAUAUCUUUAACUGAGCUUAGGUAAUGCAGAAGUGACAUUCCAACAGAUUUUUUUAUGUUCAUCAUGCAUUUCCUACAAAUACAGGAUGUAUAUGUAAUAAAUUUAAAUCAGAA